UGGCAUCCGAGGCAGCUGCCUUUAAAAAAGUGUUGACAUCAGAGGCAGCUGCCUUCACAUAUCAGUGGCAGUUUCUGUUGACACCGGAAGUGCCUCUACGAGCUACCGCUGCCACGAUUUGGAGCUUGCCCUGACUCUGCAUAUUUUGUAUAACCACUGAGCCAAACUAGCCACAGCUCCACGUUGAGUGUGUUUCCCGGCAGGAGGGAGACGCGACAGUAACAUGUCCGGGGGAAACAAAGCCAUCGAGUUGCAGCUUCAGAUGCGACAGAACGCGGAGGAACUGCACAGCUAUAUGAAGGAGCUGGAGGGCUGGGAGUGUGACAUGAAGACGAAGGAUGAGGAGCUGAGGACAGGAGGAGCACAGGAGACUGAGGAGAAACUGCCACCUGUGCGCAACAAAAAAUACAAAACAAAGAUGAGGGAGAAGAGGAAGAAGAAGAUGGAGCAUGCUGGGACUGGGAAUGGUGAUGCUGGGAAUGGUGACGCAAAAGCAGAGGAUCUCCAACAAUCGUCAAGGAUAAAGGCGUAUGAUUAUCAAUCAUGGGACAAGUUUGACGUGGACGAGGCUCUGGCGGAGAUGGAUAAAGAAGAAAGUCCAGUAGAGUCAAACGAGUCUGACUCAGAGGAAGCUGCAGUCGAUAGAGAGAAAGCUCUGUCACAGAAGGAAAAGGGUAAUAUGUUGUUCAAGGAAGGGAAGUACGACGAGGCCAUUGAGUGUUACACCAGAGGGAUGAGUGCAGAUCCUUACAGCCCUGUGCUUCCCACCAACCGAGCCACCUCCUUCUUCAGACUCAAAAAGUUUUCUGUGGCGGAGUCCGACUGCAACUUAGCAAUCUCUCUGGACAGCAACUACUUUAAAGCUUAUGCGCGAAGAGGAGCGGCCCGGUUUGCACUGAAGAAUUAUGAAUCUGCUUUAGAAGAUUAUAAGAUGGUUCUGAAGCUUGACCCCGGGAACACGGAAGCACAGAAUGAAGUGAAGAAAAUCAAUGAGGCCCUUGGGAAGGAGGCACCGACUUUGCAGAGUGAAGCCACGCAGCCGCAGGAGGCUUCCACAGUCGACCCUGAGCAGCAGGGACUGAUGGAGGAACAGCAGAGGAGGCAGGAGGCCGUUCUACAAAAAGACAGAGGGAAUGCUUAUUUCAAAGAGGGGAAGUACGAAGCAGCCAUCGAGUGCUACAGCCGAGGUAUGGAGGCAGACGGCAUGAACGUCCUACUUCCCGCCAACAGAGCCAUGGCCUUCCUGAAGCUUGACAAGUAUAAGGAGGCAGAGGAAGACUGCACUAAAGCCAUUUAUCUGGACAGUACUUACUCCAAGGCUUUUGCCCGUCGAGCAACAGCCAGAGUGGCUUUAAGGAAACUGGAGGAGGCCCAACAAGACUUUCAGGAUGUGUUGAAGCUGGAGCCAGGGAACAAACAGGCCUUGAAUGAACUCCAGAAACUCCAGAUUGACCUUGGUCCCAGUGGACUUCUUCAAACAGACGACAGCUCACAGAGGAGAACAGUUCAGCCGAUUGAUAAACCAACUCACCUGCGCUCAACCAAACCUCUGAGGAGAAUUGAAAUCGAGGAAGUCAGUGGGAAAGCUACAGUGCCUGAGGUGGAGUCAAGUGGGUCCAAGACCUUGAUCCAGGAAGUGGUGAGGGAGCCUGAGGAGGACUCCUCUCCACUGUCCACCUCCCCCAGCGCCAAAAUAAUCAAAAUCGAGGAGAUGGCAGAUGCUCCCUCGCACGUAUCAGAAAAACUCCCUCCCAGCAGACCGACUGAACAACCAGCGCAGGUGGAAAUCAGUCACCCGCCUGAAACAACCACCAACACCCCCUCAUUAGUUACAGACCUGCCCCCUCCACCCACCAGCAGCUUCCAGCUGGAGGCCGACAUCCGCAAGAUCGGAAAGCAGCCAGAAGUGAUUUACAGAUAUCUGAGGCAAAUCAAGGCUGAAUCGUACGUUAAGAUUUUACAAAACUCCCUCGAACCCGACAUCCUCAAUCAGAUCCUGACGACGCUGCACGAGUUCUAUACGAAGAAUGAAACGCCUGCUGUUAUACUGGAGAUCCUCAGCAGUCUAUCGAAUGUGCGGCGCUUCAACAUGGCUGUAAUGUUCAUGUCGUCCACAGAGAAGAAAGCGCUGAAAGACCUGUUUGACUUCCUUCACCGAGCUGAGCUGGAAGAAUCAGCCGUCGCACUCUUACAGAAGAAGUAUGGUGUGUGACGCUCCACGUCUCAAGCAACAAACUUAAACAUCAACACAGAGCGCCACUUUGAAUUCAAAGCAAAUGAAGUGUUAGUUUUUAUUACUCAAUUAACUUCCAUUAAAGUUACUUAAAGGGAUAGUUCACCCAGAAAUUAAAAUUCACAUCUACUCGCCACUAUGCCGAUGGAGGGGUGGGUGAAGUGUCUGAGUCCACAUUACACUUUAGGAGUAUCGGGUAAACUGUGUUGCAGCAGAAUCCAAUACAAUUGAAGUCAAUGGUGAGCUAUUCUUCAGACGUAAUAAAACUGAAAAAAACAUAACAUGUCUCCACACUGCUUGUGUGGUGUCAUCUAAGUGACAUUUAUAUUUGACUUGAAACAAGGUCAUUUACACCAAGUUUUUAGCCUCACUGUCCUCUGAUAUCUCCCAACGAGGUGCAUUAGGGACCGUCUGAAUGCUAACGUCCGCUAGCUUAGCCACUUCCUGUGGACAUAGUGGUGAACUAUCCCUGUAAGCAGUCUUUAUAUCCAGUGCGUUUGAGCAACACAUCCAAUUAAAUCCUUACAUGGUAACAUGGUUUUGUGAAAGCUACAUCUCUAUAUGCAGAUACAGCUUUCUAUGCAUUUGUUACUGUUAACAUGUUGAUGUGUUAGCAUGGAGCCAGGUUACUGCAUCUUACAAGUCGUCAAACCCCAGCUAGGAUGCAUGUCCUUUCAACAGAAGUGUGACUUUAUCUUGAACCCAGUGUAAAAGUAUGGAUUGGUCUCUGUGAGUACUUUACCCAGUGUGAAUGUUCCUCUCAUUGUUGAAAGAGAAAAAAAGAAACUGACAUUGCUCUGGACUAAACCUGCCUGACUGUUGUGUAUAUGUAGAGUUUGGACAACUGAAUGACAAAUAAAGGUGUAUUUUGUAAUUUA